AUGGCACCCAACGGUAUAAACGGCGCACACCACGCCGAUAACGACGAGGAAAUUGACUAUACCGACAUCGAAGCAAAAUACCAGGUCCACUACGAGGAGGGCUUCGACAACGUCUUGGUCGUCGACGGUGUUCCGGUCAUUGAUAAAUCAAAGGCAGAGAAACUUCUCGUCAAGAUCGCGAAGGAGUUUUCGCGGAAGGGCGCGCCCAUCAAGCCGGAUGAUAUCACAGUACCAUGGAACGAUGCUAACGGGAAGAGCAGAGGGUAUAUAUUCGUGGAAUUCAAGAAUGCCCACGAGGCGAAUUUCGCGCUCAAUGCGAUGCACGGGCAUCCUUUCGAUACGAAGCACACAUUUUUGAUCAAUCGAUUCACUGACAUCGAGCGUUACGCCAACUUGGACGAGACGUAUGUCGAGCCGGAGCCUGAACAAUAUGUGGCAAAGGAACAUCUCCGUGCUUGGCUCGGCGAUCCUCAAGGUCGGGACCAGUAUGCAACCUACCGUGACGACGAAGUCGAAAUCCACUGGCACGGAAAGCCGUCGCAGUGCGAGGUCGCAUUCAAUCGACCAAACUGGACAGAAUUGUAUGUAUCCUGGUCGCCUCUUGGAACAUAUCUCGCCACCCUGCACCGUCAGGGUGUACAGCUCUGGGGCGGCGCCUCAUGGCAGAAGCAGCAGCGUUUUGCACACCCACUCGUCAAGCUCAUCGACUUCUCGCCCUGCGAGAAGUACUUCGUUACUUGGUCGCACGACCCCAUCGUGGUGCCCGAGGGCGCGCAGCAGGGCCCCCAGUUCUUCUCACCCGAGGACGAGGGCAACAACAUCGCAGUCUGGGACGUCAAGACCGGCAAUCUACUGCGGACGUUCCCCACAGUCUACCCCGAUGGCGAGGAGAAGAAGCAAAUGCAGUGGCCCUCGCUGAAGUGGAGCCCAGACGACAAGUUCGUCGCGCGUGUGACGCCCGGGCAGCAGAUCAGUGUGUACGAGCUGCCGAGCAUGGGUCUGCAGGGUAAGAAGAGUAUUAAGAUCGAGGGAGUGAUCGACUUUGAGUGGUGUCCACAUGGCGACAAGGACCGCGAGGACGCCGAGAAGGAAACGAAGGCGGUUGCGGAUGGAGUAAGCAAGGGCACGAAGAAGGCUAAGGAAAACAUGCUAGCAUACUGGACGCCGGAAGUGGCGAACCAGCCUGCCCGUGUCGUACUAAUGGAUUUCCCUAGCCGCUCCAUCUUGCGACAGAAGAACUUAUUCAAUGUCACUGAGUGUAAGCUCUACUGGCAAAAUCAGGGCGACUUCCUCUGCGUCAAGGUGGAUCGUCAUACAAAAACGAAGAAGUCGAUCUUCUGCAAUCUGGAGAUCUUCCGUGUGCGUGAAAAGGACUUCCCCGUGGAGGUCGUGGAGCUGAAGGACACUGUCACCGACUUCUCCUGGGAACCCAAGGGCGAGCGCUUCGCUCUUAUUUCUAGCAACGAUCCAAAUCUUGGCAACCCGGGCCCUGGUGUCACCAUCAAGACUGAUGUCAGUUUCUACCAGCUAGAGCGAGGGAAGGGCGAUUUCAAACUCCUCAAAACACUCUCCACACGAACCAGCAAUACCGUCCGGUGGUCUCCCCGGGGCCGCCAUGUCGUACUCGCGACUGUAGGUUCGUCGAGCAAAUCAGAGCUCGAGUUCUGGGACCUCGACUUCAACUUCGAUGAUGUCGGCCGUCGGGAAGGCCCGUCGAAGGAGGAAUGGGGCAGUGGCAUCCAGCUACUUGGCACCGCCGACCACUAUGCCGUCACCGAUGCCGAGUGGGAUCCCAGCGGCCGCUACCUCGCGACUAGUGCAAGUGCAUGGAGACACACACUCGAAAAUGGCUAUGCAAUUUGGGACUUCAAGGGUCAAGAGCUGGAGAAGCACAUCCUCGAUCGUUUCAAGCAGUUCCUGUGGCGUCCGCGACCGCGUACGCUUCUCACCAAGGACCAACAGCGCCAGAUCCGCAGGAACCUCAAGGAGUACAGCCGUACGUUUGAGGAAGAGGAUGCUGCGGAGGAGAGCAACGUUAGCGCGGAACUCAUCGCCCUCCGCAAGCGGCUCGUCGACGAGUGGAAUGCAUGGCGUGCACAGUGCAAGGAGGAGAUGACUGAGGAGCGCAAGCGGCGCGGAAAGAAGAUCGAGCGCGAAAGCGAGAGGCAUGAGGAGUCGAAGGAGGAGAUCGAGGUGUGGAUCGACGAGGUCAUCGAGCAGGUUGAGGAAGAGGUGGUUGAGGUGUAG